CAGCAUCACGAGUCCAUCUCCGACUCGUCAUACGGACCUCAUCGAAGGUCGCCGCUCGAUGGCACGGAUCGAUCGACACGUGUUGGCCACGCACGGAUAAGGGCGCGGACGCCACGCCGCUGCAACGCCUUCAACGCUCGCCACGCCAUGGGGUAGCGCCAGCCAGCUUCGCACAAGAACCGGCCGAUCUCUGCCUUUGACUUCAUUAACAGCAGGGUCGCGAUGAACACGCCACGCAAGCUCCUCGUUGCCCAUGCCUCCUCCCGCGCUGCGCCCUCCCCCCUCUAGCUUACCGACUGCCGCCUUUACCUCACUAUAUGUCUCGGAUCGUGGAGGAAGACAACCGCGGUGAAUUCCCCUUUCCCCGCAUGGACUCCUACAGGUCCGCCUCCCCGUCGAGCGGGAGCCUUCCCUCGCGCUCGGACAGCAGCCACUCCCACUCCAAGUCCCUCCGCUCCUCCGUCUCGUCCGGCUCGCCCCUUCCCCGCGUGCGGGGAGUCGACCGCGGCGAGCAUGAUUCCCUCCACUCAGGGGCGCCGUCGAAGUUGCUCUCGCGGCUGAUGUCGAGAGAAUACCAAGACACGCGCAGCUUACGUACCAUCAUCGCAGUGACGACGGAACGCCUCGAGAGCGAGACGCGCCGCGCCGACGAUGCCGAGCGCCGCCUGCUCGAAGUUCUACGCAAGCUCCGGGCAGCGCACGAGGCGACGAUGCUGGCGCAGGCCGACGCGGCGCGCGCCAAGGAGGAGCUGACGCUCUACAAGUACCGCCUGGACGAUGCGACACGAGAGAUCUCGCGCGCGCAGGAGAUCAUCAAUGAAUUGGAACAAGAAAAGCUCGAGGCCGAGGCUGAAGCGGCUCGCGCGCGGUCGACGGCGAGGCGGUAUCGGGAGCAGCAGUUGAUGACUCGGGCACGAGAAGAAGGUAGGCAAGCAGGAUUUCAGGAAGGAUUUUCUCAAGGGAAGGACAUGGGAUAUCAGGAGGCGAUGGAAGACGAGGGCGUCGGGGUGGUCGAAGAGAGGCGGUUCCAAAAACGUCCCGUGCUCGUGGAGGAAGUGGAUGACGAGGAGGGUGAGGUCGCGCCCUCACGAUACCGGGCUGGGACGCCAGCCCCUGACCUUCGUAGCCGCACACCUGCGCCGGUCAUCCGCGUUCAAACGCCAGGUCCCGAGCCGCGAAUGCGGACGCCCGGGCCCUCGGGAAGACCGCCGUCAAGAAUGACGGUGUCCAGAGAAGGCCAGCGCGUCUCGGACGCAGCCCACAUCGCCAACACGCUACCCGUGCCUACGAUGACCACGCCGCUCAAUAUGCCUUCGCCAUCGCAUUCUCGAUCGGGAACCCCCGUUGUGAUGCCCUAUCCCAGCUCACGACCGGUAGGGGCUGGAGACGUCCCUACGCCGAUCCCGAUACAUAACCCUGUUCCCUCACCUAUGCACCCUCCUUUGGAAAUUCCUCCAGACAGCUGGAUCCCGUAUGAGAAUGCCGAAGGUGAAAUAACCCUCCCGCCCCCUCAUGAGCUUUCUCGGCCGGUCACACCUCGGUCGGUGUCUCCUGCGCCACCUCAAGAAGUUCCAGCACCGCAACCCCCAGCUCCGCCCCCGCGAGACUACGUAUACGCCAAUCCGGACGCGUCCCAGAGUGGCCCUCUAGGAGGCGGACGUUCCGCACCCAACAUAUACCGACCAUUCUCGCCGCAAUCGAAGGCAUCCACAAGCAUUUCGCAGUUCGAUCUCGUCGCACCACGAGUGAAGUCGCGUGGGGCAAAGGCUCGAGAGGACCGUGAACGUGUACCAACAUCGCCGCGCGGGCCGCGGCCACGCGAAGAUUUGCCACCGCUAAGGCCGGUUAUGGAGGAGCGCCAGGAUACAGCAGGGACGAGCGGCAGUACAGAGCCAGCCAAGUCGCCAACGACGCCGCUGGACGCAGAAUUUAAGAAGAGGUAUCGCAGGAGGCCUACAAGAGGCCCAUCACAUGAAAGCGUGAUUCCGGACAUUCGAGUUGAAGCACCCUCGACACCGUCGACGAGUCGUUCGUCUACGAAGACCACAAUCACGCACCCACAUUUGCUGAGCCCAGAAACGAACCCGCGGCCGCUAACCCCGAGUCAAGACGCGGAUGUCAUCGUGAUGCGGACGGAGAUCCCGGGGUAUUACCCAAUGGUGCCCCCCGUGCCCUACCAGCCACCUUACCAACCGCCAUACCCCGAAGAUGAUGACGAGUCUCCUGUUAUCCCGCCACGGCCAGUGCCAGAGGGACCGUUCCCGCCCGGGUUUGUCCCGAUAACCCCACCCAUCCCGGUGGACCGCGCGCUACCCAUUCCUUCCAAUAACCCGCUCCCUAUCCCGUCUAACAACCCUCUUCCCAUUCCACAGAGAAGCCCCCACCCUGUUUCCCAGCGAAACCCUCUCC